GUCUGUACAUAUGUACACGCAUACGUAUCCGUCUCGCUCAGUGACCCUGCCGAUCAAUGUGUCACAAGCGUAAACCGAAAGUAGAGGCCGGAUCAUGGCGGAUAUUUACUUCCCUGUCAGAAUAAAGCCUGUGUGUUAUUAAAGCAGAGGUGAAGGGUUGGAGAGAAGAUGGCGGAUGACGAAGAGGAUGGUUGCGACAUUUGCUUUGAGAGCUACAGGUGCCCUAAGUUGCUACCCUGCCGCCACACCUUCUGUGAACCAUGUCUGAGGGACUAUGGGGAAAACACUUGUCCUCAAGACCUAUACGAGUUCCUGGUUUGCCCCCUUUGCCGGACUCAUUGCGUACUGCCAUCUUGUGGAGUAGGAGGCUUUAUCAAUAACUACUUUGUCCCCGACAGUCUGACCAGUGACCGCUCCAAUCUCACCUACAAACACUAUCCAAAGUGUAAUUUCUGCAAAGUGACGUUGUUAUCUGAUGAUGUGCGGGAUCAUCGCUGUAAGAUGUCCUCUGAAUUAUCAUCGGACGAAAGUGAUGACAGUGAUUAUGAUUAUAAUGAUACUUCUCUGGGGUUUAUUCUUCAUUUUCCAUUGCUUAAAAUGAGAACAAAGUACAAAGUGGACUUACACUCCGCGUACCCAGUAGUCACGGGGGACUGCGAUGACGCGUUAAUCACGUGUUUACAUAUUACUCCAGAAAACAAGUGCUACACCGUCGUUAACUGCAUGUCGACAUAUCAGAAACACGAUUCCUCUGGCAAGUGUAUCGGAGAGACAACCAUAACUCCUGAUACUCAGAUAAUAGAUAUGGUUUAUCGUAAAGAUAAUAGUGUAUUGUUUCAAACCAAAAAUGAAAUAUAUGUUGUGAAUGAAGCUGGGGUGAAACUCUUUCGUAUCCUAAAUAAUUUUGAAGGCGUGGCUAUGGCAAUGUUUUCAGAUGAGCGCGUUGUCACCGUUGGUACUGCUCUUUCUGUGGAGAAGAGGUUUAAAACGAAAGACGCUAGUAGUUUGGACCUAGAGAAAGAACAGCCAGAACUGUCAACAAAAGGCAAAAUUGUGAUUCUGUCGAGGGACGGUAAAACCAUCCUAGCUGACCUGAGUAGAGACAACUGUAGUCCUAGUGUUGUUGCAGUAAACCAGAUCAACGACACCAUCUGUAUGAGCGAUACUGAGCGGAAACUGGUGUCGGUGUUCUUACAGAGCGGUGAUGUCAUUGGAGAGUUUAACUUAGACGGAAGAGUCAUGGAUUUGUUCCGAUUCCUUCCCAUGUUUCAGCAGGGUGAAUCCAGGGGUUUUAGUCCAGCAGGCAUUUGUUUUGACCCUGACGGUAACAUCCUGGUUGUGGACCAAGCCAGUGCGUCUGUAUUGAUGUUGGACAACAGUGCGGGUUUCAUUGGUAUUCUAGUGACUGGUGCGGAAGGAGGAUUCGGGCAUCCAUUUUUGAUUGGUUGUGGCUCAGACAGAACCAUCUGGGUAGGGGACCGGGGAAGAAUAAAGGUUUUUAAUGUAGCUGGUUACGUUAACGAUAUGUAACAUUAUCUGGGAGAGAGGUGCCUUAACCCAAAAAUGUGAGAGUUAUCCCCCUUCCUAUACUGUCAGUUAUCGUGUUUGUCGUGUGCCAUACUGGAAAUACAGAAACCCGUCAUAAUAACAUGUAUCUUAAUAUUUGUUUUGGGUGAUUUUAACAUCAGGUAAAAGAGUCUGUUGGAAUUUUCAUGUUUUUUUUUUAACUUAUCAUUCUGGGGUAGUUUUUUGGCUUCCUAAGCUUUAGAGUCAACUGAAUGUAAUAAAUGUCAAUAUUCUUCAAAGUGUGAUCACAGGCGUCUGUUUCUGGUUAGUAUUAAUUGAAAAAAAACUAUAAGCCCCUACUCCUACUACAAUGUAUAUCAACAAGGUGUAACACUCGAAGAUCAGAAGAUGCAGCGACUGUGGAACGGAAGUAGGUUAUUGAUUGGUCGACAACUACAGUUAGUAUUGAUUACAGACCUGUCGACCAAUCACAUUGCCCCUUGCUCUAAAAUAUACAGACUACUUCCGUUCCACAGUCGAGGCAUAGUCGGCUAUCAUGACCGCUUUUGAUCCAAAAGAAAAAAAUACAUGCAUUGAUAUUUAAUGAUUCUUAACCAAGGUAAGUUACUGAAGUUUGUCUAUAUUAGAUAUAUCAGUCGGAUCGAACUUGAAUUCAAAGUGAAUCGAAGCUCGCCGCCACUUCCGGUUUUUCAAUUGUUACACCUUGUUGAUAUAGUACGAGUAGGGGCUAAUGUUUUUCUAUAAAAACUUAUCAGAAGCAGACGCCUGCAGUGUAAUCUAGAUCAUGUUUUUUUAAGUAGGUCAAAAAUCUUUCGCAUGUAUGGCCGCCAUGACAACAUGUCUCAAAGUCUUCAAAUGCACAGUAUUCUUAAAAUUGUGUCAUUUGAAGAUAAUCUCCCUUUUUCAAAAAGGUCAGAUAAAAAUCUCCGCUGAUGGGUGAAGAUCAUCGAUUUUUCAUUUUUUUUAUCAACAUUUAAAAAAAAACUUUGUAUACUUGAUGAAUUUGAUGUCUUUACUUUUUCUAUAACUUUCCCCAUUUGUACUGUACGCCAUUUGUAAUAUUUUCUUUGACUUUUGAAAUAUCGCCAAUACGUCAUAAGUUAUUUUCUCCUAUAUGUCAUGUUUUUUUCAUCUAAAAAUGGUACACAAUUUGGCUCAGAUGUCCUUCCGAAUUUAGUGAUAAUUUUGUCGCAGUUAAGGCACACCCAUUUUUAACUUUAAGGACUCGCAUGACUAAAUCAGCCAAUCAGCUGCUGUUUCGCCUGAACCAAGUCCCUAAAGAAAAUGUAUUUCUAAGGGUUUUAGCUAUGUUCUUGACUAACUAAAAUAUGGAAUAGGCACUUUCUAUAUACGAGAAUAAGGAGUAAUGUCUUAAGACUUGAAAACAAAAAUAUACACUCCCCCGUGCACUGUAAAUGUCAGGGUUACUGUCUUUCGAGUACCUUUGUGAUCCUACUUGCCAUUAAACCUUUACAAUAACAUCACUUUUCAGGUAGCACAAAUUUUAAUUUGGUGUAAAUUUCACACAUCAUUUGAACUUCAAAUGAGGGAAUGAGGGGAUGGAGUCACUAGUAAUUACAUGUAGUAAAACAUUAAGUUGCGUGAGUCCUUAAUCAUAAUAAUUAUCUAAUGUCAAAUUGAUUCAUCUUGUGAUAUAUUUGUGUAUUUGAUAUUUUCUUGUUAAAGGUCAAGUUUUUGGUAGAGGUUAAGGUUAAAAAAUGCUAAUUUGGGUAACAACUUUAAAUAUCUUAAUUUUUACCUGGUCUUCAUUUCUGAAAUUUUAGAUAUAAGGUGUUCAGGUAAUUGGCUAUCAAUUUUGUCAAAUAAGUUGACCUUGAAUGACCUCUCUAAGGUCUACAAUGUAUAAUCUUGAUAUAUACUAUAUUAGGUGAUCAGGUGAUUGGCUAUCCAGUUUGUGUAAUGGUUGUCCUUGACCUACAUUCAAUGUCAUAGGGGUCAUAUAUGUCAACACCUUUAAACGACUUCUGCGACAAUAACGAAGAGGCCCAGUGAAACAGUAGUUGGUCAGUAAUAUGCUGCAUCAAUUGCUAUCGAUUGUAAUAAAAUGUGUCUAAAUUUAACUUCCAGUUUUCGUUAGGGGUCAAAAAUCCUACCAAAUCUACAAGGCCUAGAGUCGUGUUAUUUGUGGUUAGGUGAUUGGCUACCAAGUUUGUGAAAAUGGUUGAACUUUACCCCCAUUUCAAGGUCACAGGAAUCAGAUGUGUAUUUAUUUCAAUUAUUUUUAAUUAUUUAUUAGUACUUUCAAUACUUUCAUUGAUAUUAAACGGAAAACAAACUUAUCCUUAUUCCUA